AUGUGCCCUUCGCGAGGACUGGCAAAUCGUCGCCUGUUCACACUGCUCCCGACGCUCUUCCUCCUCGCCUCACCCGUUCUCGCGGCCGUCUCCUCCUCCGACCUCCUCACCUACCUAGGCGGUUCCGCGACCGGUCAAACGCUCACGACCGCCGCCUACACGCUCACGAUGGCUGCGAACGCUUCGAGUGUACUCAUUUCUUGCGCGUAUAAAGGGAAGGUGAGCGAGUUGGGGUGGAUGGGAUUCGGGACGGGCAGUGCGAUGAGUGAUGCCGACAUCCUCGUCCUCUGGCCAAACUCGGACGGCAGCUGGACAAUCUCGCACCGCACCGCCGCGACGACAGUCAUGCCCACUCUCGUCGGCACUGCCAACAAAGACUCCUUGACCGACUCGAGUGGGAGCGUAAGGGUCGUUGCGUCGCUCAGCUCGAAAAGCCAGACGGACUCGCCGGCUGUUGUCACGUUUGUUAGGCCGCUGCAGAUGCCUGCUACGUAUAAAGGCAAGGGGGAGUACUACCAGCUGAAGAAGGCGAUCAAUCAGCAAGUAAUCUACGCUUACGGCACAAAGAACCCGGGAAGCUCGGCGCAGGAUGCGACUUUGACACAGCACCCGUUGGAUGGGAUGGGCGCGACUUACGUGGAUUUGUCAGCGACGUUCUCUGCGACUUCAGCAGCGAUCGAGGCGCCGCUCUCGCCGGUGAAAGGAGGGAGCAGUAGCGGAGGAAGCAGCGCGGCAGACGGGACUUCGGCUGCCCCGACGACGGCAGGAGCAGCGUCAGGCUCUUCGAGCGGUGCUGCAGCGGCUUCAGCUGCCACUGCCGGCGCGACGAGCGGUGGGGACUCGACGACCGGCGCCGCUUCGCUUCUCCCUUCGACAGACCCGAUGACCUCGUCCGGCUCGACGACUGGCGCGGCGGGCGGUGGUGCUUGGACGUACGCCGCAGUGAUCAAGAUGCAUGGUAUCUGCGCUGGCGCGACUUGGUACAUGGUCACUCAUCGUCCUUGCAGGCGUGCGUGA